UUGGUCCCGCUGUUUUUCCUGAACGAGCAAAGCCUGUUGGGUUUUGUCACCUCCCCACAGUAAAUGCAGCCCCCAACUUGGGAAAGGCAGCGGGUCUGAGUCAGGGAAAACAAAAUGGAUUUAAAUGGAUUUUCUUGAAGAUGUUCUCAAAACAUUUUCCUGUUUUGAGACGCUGUGAUUUUUUUCCAAGAGCAAAAAGACCCUGACCCCUGCUGGGCAUGUAAUGAUCCCAUGCACCUUCUGAGACGUGCUGUGUCCUGCCUGCCCCUGGUGCGGACACAGAUGUGCUCCCCCUGCCUGCUCCUGCGGCCCCUUGUAGAUGCACAUCUUUGGAGCUCGGGGUUAAAGAGGCUGCAUCGCCCGGCGAGUCCUGGAUGGGAAGCCCCCAAAGUCUCUGUGCUGCUCUAGAUCUGGUCUGGUGUCAUGGACGUGAAGGUAGCUCUAUUCCCUUCCACUUGUGUCCGCGUAGCGGGUGAGGCUGUGCCGCAGGGGGAUGCUGGGGGGGCUUGCAGACAUCUCUGGCACGUGCUGUAUCACGGCCUGGGGGAGCUGUGGUGCCGUGCCCUGCCAAGGAGCUCGGCGCAGCUCGUUUGGCUCCUGCGGAAACUCCUGCUGCCGGGGAGGGACCCACUGGGGCACUGGACGUCACCGUCAUCCCACGCUUGGGACAGCUCUUCCGUGGGACCGACCGCCGAAGCCUUCCUUGUUCUGUCGCGCAGCUGCAGCCCCCUCCUGCGGGACUGGGAUAGCGAGCGUUAUGGGGAGAGCGCAGGGGACGCUGAGGUUCAGAUCCACGAAGGGGCAGAGCUCUCCACCCCGGCGCUGCGUGGCCCCAGGACGGAGGAGAUCAUCGACCUGACCUGCGAGGAGACGAGCGCAGAGCCAGCACCACGCCCCAGCCUCACCAUCAUCGACCUGACGGAGGAGGAGGACCCAUGCAGCCCUCCCGACGCCGCAGGCUGUGCUUCCCGGGCAGCACGCGCCUCCCCGCCCAGGCUCUGCUUCCCCACCAAGCAAGAAAGGGAGGUGACGGUGGAGCCCAGCCCUGCAGUGCCCUCCCAUGGCGCCCCCGCAGAGCCCCUUCCCGCCUUGGACUCAGCGGAAAGUGCAGGGAGCAGAGGGGGCUUCUCUCCCGCCUCCAGCUGCCAAGGCUCUUCGCGCAGCCCUGGGCAGAACUGCAGCACCACCACUUUUAACAGUGACUUGGGCUCCCUGGCCAGCAUGCAGCUGGACUCUGACCAGCUCUCCCUGUCCCCCUCCAGCCUGGACAGCAGCUGCAGCUGGAGAGCCUCUGGCGCGGAGGAAGAGACUCCCCCCAAUUGCCAGCAAAGGGAGCUCCCCCCAGGCCUGAGCCCCACGCCAGCCAGCGUUGCUUCAUCCCCGGCGGGAGCCAAAAGGCCUUUGUUGGAAGCAAGAGACCUGCCGCCGCGUGUAGCAAUGCAGAAAGUGGCCCCAGCCAGGACCAGGGCUGACAACAAGGCCUGGCUGAACAAACUGCAGUAUUUCAGGAGGACUGGUGUCCAUCACCUCUUCCUCCAAGACAUAGCACCCGACAGGGAAACGCUGCAGCAGCGGAAACCCGAGCUCAUCCCCAGCGGGAAGCUGAGCAUGGUACACACCACCAUUGAGGAGAACUUCCUCGAGGGCACAUUGCAUUUCCUGAGUGAGUUCGUCUCCUGCCAGCACUGCCCUCCUAAAGACAUCGUGUCCUACUUGAUUAGACAGAUCCUGUUGAAAUCCCACCAGGGAGAGAUCCUGAAGGACACCUACAUGCUGCUGAUGAAAAUCCAAAUGCUCCAUCCAGCCAACGCCGCCACAGUGGGAUGGGACUGGACGCUGCUGAAAUAUACCAUGGAAGACCAGGAGAAGCCUUCUGGCCGACUCCUGUUCCUGGAGUAUGUGGUGCAGACCUUGGAGGAUGACUUCCAGCGGAACCUGAGGCUGCACCUCCUGCAGAAGUCGAUUGCCAAGAAAGUGCUUUCCUGUGAGAUGUGCUUCAGCAAUGUCAAGGAGGUGGUUGAAUGGUUGGUUGCAGCAGUUACAGGAGUCGGGUUCUCCCAGCCCCGAGAGCAGCCACAAGAAAUGACACACUCUACGGCAGAAGCAAGGGCUGAAUGCAACUCAUCUGCAGCAUGGCCAGACUCCACUGACCAGGCAGAGGCGGCUCCACCAGCUUUCUUCUCCCAGAAGGUGAUGCUCCUGCUCCAACGGAUGUUGUCUAUCGCAGUGGAAGUGGACAGAUCUCCCAAGUGCAGCUCCUGUAAAAUUGCAGAUGUGAUACUCCCUUUCAUACUGAAUAUUCCUGUGAGAAGCCAAAGGGAAGCCUUCUUAAACACCAUGGACAGCCAGCUCCUGCGCUGCAAAGUGCUAGAGCUGAUGUUCCAGCACAGCUGCAAAGUGCCCACAAACAUGCCCUUGUCUCUGGCCAAGAUCCUGUUUUUCCUGAGCCACUGCUCUGUGCUGCUGCAAUACCAGGAAGAAGUGGCAACAUGGGAAAGAUGGGAUGAGAUGCUGCAGUACUUGAGCUUGCUGUUGUUGAGUUAUCAAAACGUAGUAUUGGGGCACUUACAGAGUGCACUCAACGAGCGGAUGGACUUAAUCAUUAAGAAGGCCAGGCCCAGGCUCCAGGAUGAUGAUGACACCACCCAGCUGGACAUUCACCUGAAAAUAGAGGACUUCCUUAGCCGACUGCAGCAGGUCCUGGGGCAGCCCUUCCCCCUGCAGAUCGAGGAGAAAGUGUGCAUGCUCCGAGAGUUGCUCCUCAUCGUCACUGCCACGUGAUGGAGACAAGUUCUGUGACAAAGGGCACAAAGAACCUCGUGUUUCCUUUACAAGCUAUGCAGUCAAAACCCUCUGUUUUAUGCUGCAACCUGCACUGCCAUCCAUCACGUGGUUUUGUUUAUACAUUUGUAUGGAAAAAAUCUCUGAUUUGCCUGGUCUCAGAGCUUCCUUUCAAACUUGUCUCUUGUCCUACAGUUUUACAAGGCACUUUGUACACUUUUAAAAAAUAAAUUAUUUUCGUAUUUCCUGAGACUCUUCCAUCUUGGUGCCAGCCCUGCCCAAUGGAAGCGCUCAGCUCCGACUUCUGCAGCUGUACCCAAGGAUGGCGCUAGACUAAAGCGGCCAUAAACUUUGACAACAGUUUGCACAGCAGGCACAGUGCUAGGACCUGUCCAGUACUUAGGAAAGGUUAAUACUCUUUUCAGAGAAACCCAGGUGUGCAUGGCAGUGAGGGUGUUAACAGUGCAGAGAUCCCCAACUCAUGCUGGUCAGUCCUCAGGCAGGGAAUGAACUUUCCCAUUCCAAAUCGAAUACAACUACAGGGCUCUGCCCAAGUUCAUUAGCCGGGUCAGUAGGAAGGACAGGUAGCAGCAUCAGCUGAAAAGGCUGCACUUCUUGCAGACUUCACUCCAGCACCUGCAGCGCAGACAAGCCUGCAUGUUGUCAUGAAGACUACCAUUACUCAGGUCUUGUGCUCAAAGAACAGGCACCACAUCUAAUCCAGCAGGCAGAAUGAACCACAAAUCUCUAAAUUCAAGUCCACUGCAACCCACCUCAGAUGCCAAUUGUUACAGCUGAGGUCAGACAGCAGUUAAACAUUUCCAUGGAAGGACCCUUUGGACAGUUCAGCAGUAACAGAUUCAUGCCCCUGCAGGCAGAGGAAAGACUUACUUUGUACCUGCCCUCCACUCCUUCAUCUGCCCCUGGCCUAGGUGACCUUUGGUCCAGCCCAGCCAUUUUGCAGUACAUACUCCACAGAUGCUAGGGUUAACAGCCUUAUGAGGAGACCAGAGUCCAGGGAUAUCCAGCACUGCAGCCAUAGCCAGGAAUGCAGUAGUCCAUAUUUCAGCAUUUUCCAUACUGAAGACUUGGUGCCUGGUAUGCAGCCAGACCCUGUCUGGGCGUCUGGCUUCAGUGAGGCCUGAGCAGUCUGGAAGGGCCUGUUAGAGCCGGACAUAACCUAGGGCUAGAGGGUUUGCGCCUUGUUCUUUAGAGAAUCUCCCCUCUUUCUAACACAGCGAUAAGCCAUAGCAGGAGAAGGGAGGGAGUGUGUGUGGAGUAAUAGGCCAGAAGCGUUACUGCCAACAUACACCCCAAGUGCUCCUUUCUACAGGAAGCUGUUCUGCCUCCAUGGUGCGCUCAUUUAAAUCUAUUUUUCAGUUAAACCUUUAAUCAUUUACCUAAUUCCAGUUUCUAUCCACCAGGAAGGGUGCCUGAGCAAAAUACAGAAAGCUGUGUGUUAGCAUAUCACACCAAGAGGCCACCCUUAAACCGAAGCCCUUCCAAAGGGCUACAGGAAUAGCCCGUGUAGCAGAGACCUGCAGCAGCACAGACAGCACCAGAAUACCUGUGUGCUUCAGGCUCUAUUUCACCAUUUUUAGCUCUGUUGAUAUUUUGGGAACACGUGUUCAUGUCAGUCAGCUCCACUCCAGGCAAGCCCCCGUGUGCACAGGCCCCCGUUUAUCAGCUCUACAAGGGUACCUUGGCAGAUAUGAAUGCCACAACAUCUCCAAGGAAGGCAAAGCAGAGAGGCAGCUACACCACACAGAGCAGGGCACCUCUAGAUGAAUACCAGCCUGCUUCCCACAUCUGUGCCCACCUCCACAGUACAGGUACACGCACGACACAAGCUGCGAGAGAAGCAAUCUCAAGAACAGCGGGGACUAUUUGAACAGCGUGAGAAAGUAAAAAGAUUUCAGAUUUAGUUUCAUCAUCACAAGGCCUGAGACAAGACAAGACCAAGUCUGGCUUUAAACCUAUUCUCCCUGUCAAAAGGGAAUUUCAUGCAGCAAAUUUUACCUCAGCAAGAGUGCUACCACUGCAUUGUUAAGCUGAACCUUAACCCCACACUCACUAGCCAGCAGCAAGAGGCAUGGUGGAAGUUAAAACAGCUCCAGGUUUCCUGCACAGGUGCUUUACCAGCGCUGACAAACACCAAGGCUCUCCAUUCCCAAGGAUUUUAUUUUCUUGUAACAAACAAAAUUGGACACAGACAUGAAUAAAGACCACAAAUAAAUUAAUGUCAAACCAGAGAUUCUCCAUUUGCAAAGGUGUGAGUGAUUGGCGACAAUGACAACUGCUUGGUUGGGUGGGAGGCUUUCCACACAAUACACUGUUGUGACUGCUUCAUCUCAAGCUUCAACAGCAGUGCCAAAAUAUGCUUCUUCAGAGGGGGAUACCAGCUAGCCAAGUACCUUGACCACUUGCCCCAGGCAGGAAUGCUUGUUUCGAGCAGGCAGUAACCCCAGAGUUCAGUGGUUACCACGAGUUAAGCUACCUCGGUAGAACGUGCUUGUAACAUAAAAGCUUCUAAUGCCAGAUGCAAGGCUGCCCCCUCACUGCUACAGGAAGCCUGCAGCUGGCUGAAAGCGCUGCCUAACACAAUAAUGGGAUCAAAAAACAGAGGAGACCUGCUUGCCACAGGCAGGCAGAGAUCAUACCCAUCCCUCCCUACACUGCUCAAGGGAUUAGAUGGUACAUAAUAAGAGUUUCUUUCCCAAUUUUCAGGAAAGGAAUAGCAAGUGGUAGCUGUUCCAGCAAUUGUUUGCAAGACUAAGCCAAAAAAAAUUAUAUAUAGCUCUAUCAAUAUAGCAUGGAGGAAUGUUUAGCCUUAAUCUGCCCCUCACUCCUGCCCAGGCUGGCAAACUGCAUCUAAUGCUGAUGAAACAAAAGGCCCUAUUUGAGAAGUGCCACUGGUGCGUCUAAUACACUUCUACACACGAUUCCUACAAGAUGCUAAGAAACAAUCAAGAAGCACUGAGAGCGUCAAAACUACUGUUAAGUCUGCUCUA